AUGCCGGUGGUCAGUGAUCCACAUGCCGUGCUGUGCCUCCUCCUGUCCCCACAGCACUGGGUGGGGACACCUCCUCUGUGAAGGUUUGAGCACAAGCUCAGCUUCAAAGGCCCAGGGCUGGCAUUACCCGAGGCUGGAAUACCCUUCCGGAGCUACCACAGAGAUGCCAUCCCAGCCCUGGGGGAAGCACGGCUGGCACGAUCUGUGAGGCCCCGCAGCGGCGCCGUGUGGAGCAGGGCCUCUGUGCCCUUCUCUGCCUGGGAGGUGGAGACGCAGAUGAGGUGACCAAGCCAGGGCACUGGGAGCCCAGGGCAUGGUCAUGUGGUGCACCUGGGACAGGGCCAUGUAGGCUCUGUCUUGGGGGGCUUGUUCUCGUGGGACGACAUCACGAUCUUCGACUCUUCUGCCAGGGCUAUCCAGGUGAGUAGUGGUCUCCUGCCCACCUGCCCGCCCACACCCUCAGCCUCCUCCCGUGCCCACAGCUCAGACCCAGACUUUGCCCCUGUCCCUGCGAACCAGGGACCACCCAAUAGCCCAGGGGAAAUGACUCAGGCUGCGGCCUGCAAUAAUGCCCACAGGGACAGAGCUGGCUGGGUGCUGGGCUCCUGUCAUCCGGACUUCGGGAACUGGCCACACCCCUUCAGAGUAAGGAUCACCUACUAGCAGAGGCUGCGUGUGUCCUUGAACAGCGGCCUGGCUCCCAGCCACCCAGAUGAGGUCUGUGUGGAUGUGGGGCUGCUUUUGGUGGCUGGAGGUUUCUUUGGGGUCUCAGCAGCCACCAGCAUGCUGGCAGGUGACCAUGACGUCCUGUCCUUCCUGACCUUCAGUCUGAGUGAGCUGAGCCCAGUGGUGAUGCCCCUGCCCUCCCUGGAGGUGGAGCAGCUCCGCCUGCACAGGCAGCUGGAAUGGCUGCAGGCAAGGCUGGCCCUGGGCACCAGGGAGGACAUAACUCCACAGCCAAUCUCUGCAGCUCCAGGAUACGGGGAAAGGCUCUCUGACCUGGAGGAGACGCUAGGCAAACCCAGCUGGGUCCUGCAGGCUCUCCAGGGUCUCUCCAAGCAGUUGGCCCAGGCUGACAGGCAGUGGAAGAAGCAGAUGGGGGCCCCAGGCCAGGCCAGGGCUGAGGGAAGCUGGGCCCUGCACCCCUCCUGCCAGGUUCCAUCAGCCCCAGAGAAACGUGGCCACCUCUCCAGGUCACUCAGCGAGGACUCUACCAAAGUCCGUGCCCUGCCUCAUGGACAGCGGACUCUGCUCCAGACCCUCCAAGAGAUAAGGGAAGGGACAGGGGAGGCAGCAGCCCGCAUGGCCUCCGAAGCCUGGGUCUACCUGCCUGUGGCUGAGGCAGGACCUUGGACUUGUCCCUUUAGGAAAGCAACAUCCAAGGCUAUCCACACACCUGGCUGGCCCCCAGAGGCCUUCUCAUGCCUGUGGCCUGGCAUCUUCCUCUUCUUCCUCCUCAUUCAGACUGUAGGCUUCUUCUGCUACCUGCACUUCAGACAGGAGCCGGACAAGAGCCUUCGGGAGCAUCUGUCCACAGGCAGCCUUCCUCAGGGUCCUACAGCACACGUCCCUAGGGCCCUGGGGGCUCUGAGGAGGCAGCCACCCCCCCCCCCAGCAUGCAUGCCUGACCCACCUGGAAGCUGCUGCUCACCACGGGGAGGCAGGCAGUGUCUGGGGGUGGGAGAGGGCUUGGCCAGUAUCCUCUAUCUCUGGUGGCCAGCUCCUACCAGCACCUCCUUAGCUUUUGGUGAGCUCCCACCUUAUUAAAGGUGAUUUCCCUUUGUCAGUGCUUUGAUACACUCAUUUACCUUCCAGCUUCACCUUAGUCUCUGUGAAGGCAUCCACCUCCUCUGGGUAGGUAGCUGGGGGUGGGCUCCAGGCAGGCAAGGAGGCCACGGACUUGCCCAAUGGCCAAAAGACCAGAUAUUCCAUGGCUUUGAGCCCUGGACUACAGAGGGAGAGGGAGUCGUAACUGUGUAUAAUUCUGUCCCCAAAUUCAUCCAGAACAAGGAGCAGUAUCUCCCAAUGUCCCUCAUGACCCAGCCCAGCCAACGUCACCGAACAACUCUCCCUCCCAACUCUGCGCUGCUCCAGGGCCAGCAGGGCAGGCGCGUGACAGAGGAACUCUGAAAGGCCACCUCAUGGAACCAUAAUUGGGA